CCAUGGAGGGAGUGAGCGCGCUGCUGGCCCGCUACCCUGCGGCCGGCCUGGCCGGCGGCCUGGGGGUCACGGCGUGCGCCGCGGCCGGCGUGCUGCUGUACCGGAUCGCGCGGAGGAUGAAGCCAACGCACACAAUGGUCAACUGCUGGUUCUGCAACCAAGACACACUGGUGCCCUAUGGGAACCGCAACUGCUGGGACUGCCCCCACUGCGAGCAGUACAACGGCUUCCAGGAGAAUGGUGACUACAACAAGCCAAUCCCUGCCCAGUACAUGGAGCACCUGAACCACGUGGUGAGCAGUGCGCCCAGCCUCCGCGAGCCCGUGCAGCCGCAGCAGUGGGUGAGCAGCCAGGUCCUGCUGUGUAAGAGGUGCAACCACCACCAGACCACCAAAAUCAAGCAGCUGGCCGCCUUUGCUCCACGCGAAGAGGGCAGGUACGAUGAGGAGAUUGAGGUGUAUCGACACCACCUGGAGCAGAUGUACAAGCUGUGCCGGCCGUGCCAGGCAGCCGUCGAGUACUACAUCAAGCACCAGAACCGCCAGCUGCGUGCACUGCUGCUGAGCCACCAGUUCAAGCGCCGCGAGGCCGACCAGGCCCACACGCAGAGCUUCUGCUCCUCUGCAAUAAAGGCCCCUGUCCAGGUCAUCCUGCUGCGCUCCCUGGCCUUCCUGGCCUGUGCCUUCCUGCUGACCACCAUGCUGUAUGGCACCAGUAACCCCUUCGCCCCAGGGGCCACCCUGCCCCUGGCCCUGCCACCUGGUGGCAAUGGCUCGGCCGCACCUGAGAAUGGCACUGCCCCUGGGGCUGAGGGCUGGCAGCAGCUGUUGGACCUGCUACCUGAGCACAUGGCAGAGAAGCUGCGAGAGGCCUGGGCCUUCGGGCAGAGCCACCAGAUGGGCGUUGCGGUGCUGGGCCUGCUCACCUGCCUGCUGGCCAUGCUGCUGGCCGGCCGCAUCAGGCUCCGGAGGAUCGACGCCUUCUCCAGCUGCCUGUGGGCCCUGCUGCUCGGGCUGCAUCUGGCCGAGCAGUACCUGCAGGCCACCUCACCCAACUGGCUGGACACACUCAAGUUCAGCACCACAUCCCUGUGCUGCCUGGUGGGCUUCACGGCAGCCGUGGCCACAAGGAAGGCAACGGGUCCACGGAGGUUCCGGCCUCGAAGGUACUUCCUGGGAGACUCCACUGGCCUCUUCCCCAGCAGCCCCAGCCUGGCCGUCCCGUGCCCAAGUGUCGGAGGUUCUUCACCACCCCUGCUCCUCCCCACCCCGCCCGGCCUCCUGCCACUCACCAACCAACAGCUGUUCCGGACUCCCCGGCGGGCGUCACCGUCCUCACUGCCAGGCCGCCUCAGCCGGGCCCUCUCACUGGGAACCAUACCCUCUCUGACCCGAGCAGACUCUGGGUACCUGUUCAGUGGGAGCCGUCCUCCGUCGCAGGUGUCUCGACCUGGGGAGGUUCCUAUUGCAGGUUACUUCACUCUGCUGUCGGGGAGCUGCCCCUCCUCCCCGGCGCCCUCCAUGGCCGGUUCGGUGGCUUCCAGCUUGGGCUCUCUGCGCCACCGCAGGCCCCUGAUCAGCCCUGCCCGGCUCAACCUGAAGGGGCAGAAGCUGCUGCUGUUCCCGUCACUCGCCGGGGAGGCCCCGAACACCCCCAGCAGCUCGGACGAACACUUGCCGCCGCCAAAUGGCAGCCUCUUCCCCAUGGAGCCGCCCCGCGUGCCCCAGAGGCAGCCCAUGCAGGACGCGAAGCACACUGUGGACAUGAGACUGAAGCCAGAGAGAGGCAGCGCCUGCAGCAGUCGCUCCAUCAAGAAAGAGGACGACUCUUCCCAGUCGUCCACCUGCAUGGUGGAUACCACCACCCAAGGGUGCUCGGGAGAGGCCGCCGCCUGGACAGGUUGUUUCGGCCCUUCCCUGGUGCGAGGCCUCCUGGCUGUGAGCUUGGCUGCCAACGCCCUCUUCACCUCGGCCUACCUGUACCAGAGCCUGCGCUGACCCACCGUCAGGGAAGCUGGGAGGGCAGCGCCCGGUGCAUGCUACUGCCACCACUGCCGGCCUCAGGC